AUCUGGCGGUACCAGGCAGUGACGAAGAUAACUUAAUCCAUAUAUUUAUAAAGGUAGUGACAGGCUGUGUCUGUAAACACUCAUUUUAGAAGCAAUUGGUGAACGUUUAUACUUUUAUUUCUUUUAUUCGAUUCUUAAUACAAGGUAUGACAUAAUUUCUUUCACGUAUCUCUUAUCUUUCACUCAGGUUACUAUCACUUAUAAAGUCUUAUCAAAUAUUUCUAAUAUUGAAGUAUUCUUCCUUAAAAAUUUGAAAGUAAAGGAAUAACAAAAAACGAUUGUUUACAGUCAAGUUAAUUAGAAAAUAACCAUUUAAAACUAAAAUAUAGUUUUUCAUAUAUAGAACCAAUAUAUAUCGCUGAUACUAUGGAGAAGAUAAUCCUUCUUGUAUUCACUUCGGUACUCAUCUUUGGUGUGAGUCCCACAGUAAUGUUGGACAAAGAUUGCGAAGAAACAGCUAACGUUCACACUUGCAAAGAAGGUUAUGAGCUUGUUUUUACUUUUAUGAAAGAACGUCGAUGUUGGAUGAAUAAUUGUAGAAAAUGUCCUGAAAUUGAAAUUGGUUGUUCAUUUGGUCCAUUAACCUUUGAAAAGAAUACUUGUAAACCAAAAUGUAAACCAAAUCCUUGCGAUGUUGCAAACUGUCCUCCUGGAUAUGGUUGUCGUCUCAGCUAUCGUACCCAAAAUGGAAUACGCGAAUACUAUUCAAGAUGCUAUGAACGAGAACGUGUUUGCUUUCAACCACACACUAAAGACGACUGUGGAAAGAACAUAACUCGCUAUUAUUAUAAUGACGAUGUUAAAGAUUGUCUACCGUUUAUUGAUACUGGUUGUGGGAAAAGUGAAAAUAAUCAUGUAAGCCUACAGUCUUGCCGUAAAAGUUGCUAUGGAUAUAGAUGUAAGCUAUUCCGCUGUCGUUCUUGUCCUCACGGCUACAAAUAUGAUGAAAAGGAUUGUCAAACUUGCGAAUGCCUUAAAGAGCCAAUGCCAUAUAAAUGUCUAAAGUUCAAGUGUACACCUUGUCCCAAUGGUUAUAAAAUUGAUAAAAAUGGCUGUCAAACUUGUGAAUGCCUUAAAAAACCAAAACCAUUUGAAUGUCCAAUGUUCAAAUGUAUACCUUGUUCCCAUGGUUAUAAAAUUGACGAAAAUGGCUGUCAAACUUGCGAAUGUUUGCCGUCACAUAGGAUUUGUCCUAUGGUUAAUUGCCUUCCUUGCGAUUUCAGCUAUGAGAAAGACAAAUACGGAUGUCAAACUUGCCGUUGUGUGAAGCCAACUAAAGCUAUCUGCGAAUAUAAGAAAUUCUUUCCCUGGAUUAGUCAUAAAGUACUAACGAAAUGGGGUCUUAUUGGUCUAAUUAUUGGAAGUUGUGCUAUAACGAUAGUCUUUUUAAUAGCUGUGGUAUUGAUAAUUAAAAUGGCCAAGAGAAAGAGAAGUGUAAGGAAGGAAGUAGAAAAAACUGAAUCGGUUUCAAGCGGCAAGUACAAAUGUUUAAAGGAUGAAAUGAAAGUUCCAUUAGCCUGA